UAGGAUUCAAGUCUGAUUAAUUGUCAUUGAUUGCUAAUUAACAUCAAAAUCUGAUAUUAUUUGAAUAAAACCGAGUAUUAAAAACAUAAGAUAUGGAUCAAACUCAAUUCACCUUUGGGCCUAAUCGUUGCUAUUCGCCCCCUUCUUGAGCCCGUUGCCACUGUUUUUUGCUGAGAAUUGAAACAAAAACAAACUCUGUUUGGGCCAAUCUUCCAGUGGGCCUGCACCCAUUGCUCCUCACAAUCCCAUUUUCACUGUUCACCCCUGUUUCAAUUUUUUUAAUUAACAAUUUAGAUGUUAAUUAGUUUUUGUUAUUUCUUUUAAUAAUAAAAUGCUAUUUUGCUCAUAUCCAUUUUGAGACCUUUAACACAAUUUUGACAUAUAAAAAUAAUCAUUAAAAAUAUUAGUUUUUAGGCUAUUUGUUUUUUAGUCUUGACUUGUAAUUCAAUUUCUCCCAUAAAAAUCAACAUAAAAAAAUAGUAGUAUCUUACUUCAUUUUUGCACUAUGUUUUUGACUUGCUACUUCAUGCUUGUGUAUAAUUUUGUACCAUUGUGUUACUCACUAUUGACUUCUAAUUGUGACUUUUAUUUUCAUGUUUCCUUUAUUCCUAACCUUAGGUAGAAACCAUGAUAACAUUAGGUAGAAAUUCCCUUCAUACUUAGGUUAGUUUCUUUUCCUUUUCAACUUUAAAACACCUAACAAUAUCCAAAUAAAUUUCCCAUAAAAAAUACCAAGAAAACUCAUAAAAAAUGACUAAUAAAUACUUUGACUAAUAAAAAGGGAAUGGAAGCUUGUAACUUCUCUUGCUUAAGGGAUGUUCGAGUGCUUGGAGCUCCCUUGCUUAAGGGUUCCAUUCAGGCGUAAGUUCCCAACCUCUAAAAAACACAAACCAAAGAGUAACUCGAGUUUCCCUUGCUUAAGGGAUUUCCUCGAAACGCUCAGACUCUCUUCUCUAUCUCGCCUCCGAGGCAUUCUUUAAUCGGACAUGUUAUUUCCGCUCCAUUCCCAGCUUAAGACUCCAGAGGUCGAGCAGCGGAGUGCGAAUGUAACUUCGUCCACUAAAAAAACACAAAAACAAACAAAACUAUAGAGCCGAACUACGGCGCUCUGAUUCCUGAAAAGGAUACGUAGGCAUUAGGUCGCGGGGCCUAAGCGAGCACAACUAUUUAAAAACCUUAUUUUCCCCGUGUUUCUUUUCAUUCAUUUGCAUGCAUUCCCUUAGUAAUUAAGCUUUAGAUUUAUACACCCUUUAGAUAGCAACAAACGUAGGUGGAUACCAUCGAGUACGAUGGGCAUGAGGGGUGCUAGUACCUUCCCCUUGCGUAACCGACUCCCGUACCCUAUCUCUGGUCGAAAGACCUCGUUCUUAUCCAUCUUAGGUUUUCUGAUAUUCCUUUCCCUUAUGGGAUAAAUAUAUUGGUGGCGACUCUGUUGUUCUUUUUUCGCGAGCGUGCGACACAAGGACCAGGCAGCAACUUGCUAAAAAAACAGGGCCUGAAAUUGUUGAUUCAAGGACCAGGCAGCAACAAGGAAAUGAUAAGCAGAAUCCUUCAAGUGCAAGUGCAAAGCAGCAACAAGGAAGUGCAAAGCAGCAACAAGUUUCAAGUGUUAAACAACAAGUUUCAAGCGCUAAGCAACAAGUUUCAAGUGCUAAGCAACAAGCUUCGAGUGCGAAUCAGAAACGUCCUUCAAUUGCGUCUCAGCAACUUCCUUCAAGUGCAAAGCAGAAUACUUCAAGUGCAAAGCAGCAACCUAAGGAGAAACGGGUGGCUGACACUGCUGAUUCAAGGUCAAACCAGAAUCGUAUGAAAAGGGCAAUGAUAGAAGUCGAUGGAAAUUCCGGGAAAGGGCAAGGACAAACCGUGAAGAAGACAAAACGAAGCCCAAUGUGUAAAUCGACAUCCAUUGAAGAAUUCCUCAAAGAAAAUGGGGAAAAUAGUGAAGAAGAUGAAUGUGAGAAUCUUGAGGAAGAAGAAAAUAUGAUGGGUGAAGAGGAAAACACUCAGCAAAAUGGAAGUAAACAAACUGAAGGGGCAAGUAAGAAAAGGACACGUGGACCAACUAAAUGUUUGAAAAUCCAUGCUAGAAAGAGUGCGGAUCGUGAAGAGGUGGUCUUAGACGAUGAUGGAGAACCUAUUGGACCCAAUGAUCGAACCGUGACAGAUUUGAGUUGUUUCCUUGGCACUGUCGCAAGGAAUUCAGACUUGUGUCCCUUAGUUUUUACUAACUUCAAAGCUUUGAAGAAAGCAAACAAGGACCGUAUAUGGGAAUUUGUCACUGAUAAAUUCAUUAUCCCUGAAAAUGGACGUAGAGCGGUUUUCUCUCGCAUUAAUGAUGCUUGGAGGCGUUUCAAGAAAGAUCUCAAAAAGAGUUGUUUUUUAAAGUACACUACUAUGAGUGAAAGAUUGAAGCAUCGUCCCCAGACCGUACCUGAAGUUCAUUUCAAGCAAUUGAUAUCCUAUUGGAAGAACAAUAACAUCCAAAAAAUUAGCAAAAUCAAUGCUGUGAACAGAGCUAAGCAAAAGUAUAUGCAUCGGAUGGGCCCAACAAACUUUGCGAGGAUUCGUGCAAAACUGCGUGCUAAGAAAGAGGACGGAAAGGAAGUUAGCCAGGCAGAGAUGUUCAUUGAGACUCGACAAAGUCGAAAAGGAAAACAGCCGGAUGAGGAAACUUCAAGUGUAAUUUCUAAGCUUCAAGAAUCAGUUCAGAAUUCAACUGAAUCUGAGACAUUUAACUCCUUGUUUGGGAAAGAAAAAUCUGGACGAGUUCGUUGCUAUGGAAGAACAAUAACACCUACCAUGCUUAAAAGAAAAGAAGAAAUUCUGGUUAUUAAAAGGCAACAUAAUGAUGAAGUGGCUGGCAUGAAGAGGGAGAUGGAUGGUAUGAAGGCGCUAUUUAAGACAAUGAUGAAGCAACAAAACCCACAAAUGAGCGACGACGAGAUCUCUAAUUUGAUGGCAAGUGCUAUGGGCUGUUCCAUUAGUUCUACUGCUGCUCCUGCUGAUCCACAUUCGUCUGCAUCAACUCAUAUUCCGCAUUGCGAACAGGGUGGAGAGGAAGCAGAUUGUGAUGAAGAUAUGGAAGAAGCUUGUGAUGAUCAUGAAGAUGUGGAAGGAGGUUAUGCUGAAGAUGUUGAAGAAGGUGGUUGUUCAGAAGAUGUGGAAGAAGAGCAAGGAGAAGAUCAAGAAGAAUAGUUGUUUUAUGUUAUCUAGCCCAGUUUUUAGAACUUUUUUUGGUUAUUUUGGGAUGACUCCAUUUUGAGAGAAACUUGUGGUGGUACAACUUAAAUAGUGUAGGGAUCAUGGAUCAACUUAAUAUGGUUGUUUUGAUUUUGAAUUUGGGAUGAAAAACUUAGUAUCCAACUAUUAUUAGUGGAUGAACUACUAUUAAUGUUAA